CAUAUCUCUCACCUUCCUUUUGCAUAUGACAGUGUGUUCUUUGUUAAAGGAGACAUUAAAAGUACUGAAAAUCUCAAGGAUGUUCUACAGAAAUAUUGUGAAGGUUCGGGGCAAAAAAUCAAUCUCCACAAAUCAUCUAUUUUCUUUGGUCCCCGUUGUGAAAGAAUGAUUAGAGAAAGAGUGAAGAAUAAAUUGGGGGUGCAGAAUGAAACACUUCAGGAUACUUACUUAGGUAUGCCAACCUGCGUGGGAUGAUCUCCAUCGAGUAAUUUUAAUUAUCUCACUAGCAGAAUAUGGAAGAGAAUAAAUGGAUGCAGUGGCAGACCUCUAUCAAGGGCAGGAAAGGAAGUCUUUCUGAAGUCAGUUGCACAAGCCAUUCCCACAUAUGUGAUGAGUUGCUUUCAACUACCGGCUAACAUCUGUGACAAUAUGAGAAAACCAAUAGCCAAUUUCUGGUGGGGAGUGGAGGAAGGUAAGAAAAAAUUACAUUGGAGAUCAUGGGAAUGGAUGUCUUCUCCGAAAUACUUGGGAGGUAUGUGAUUUAAAGACAUGAAGAUUUUCAACCUGGCCAUGCUAGCAAAACAAUGUUGGCGCCUCCUUCUAGACCCAUCAUCUUUAUGCUAUCAAGUCUUAAAAGGAAGAUAUUUUCCAAAAGGGGACUUUUGGAAUUCAAAGAAUACAAGAUCUGCAUCUUAUACUUGGAGAAGCAUUAUGCAAGGGAAGAAACUAUUACAAAAAGGUCUUGUUUGGCGAGUAGGUGAUGGCAAGAAUAUUUCAAUAAAGGAAGAUAAUUGGAUUCCUGAGGAAACUCCGAGCACAAUUUGUACCAUUGGUACUGUGCAACAGGAUCAAAAGGUAAGUUCACUCAUAGAUGAUAAUAAUGCCUCCUGGAAAGAAGAUAAGGUGAGAGAGAUGUUCCAAGAGGAGAUUGCGGAGAAGAUCCUUAAAAUACCAAUAAGUUCUGAAGGAUGUAAAGAUUUUGCUUCAUGGCCACAUUCCAAGAAUGGGACUUACACAGUCAAGUCGGGAUAUAACCUGGCAAGAACACAAUUGUUCUGGUUGGAACGCAGUUUAACAGGUAGAGGAUCAUCCUCAAAUCAGGAAAUAAUAGAGAAGGUGUGGAAAAAACUAUGGAAAAUUCAGUGCCCAGAAAAAAUGAAAAUUGUACUAUGGAGAAUUGCCCAAAAUUGUCUUCCCACGGGUGAUCAGCUUCAAACCCGAUCAAUUCCAACGAGAUAUGAUUGUGUAUUUUGUAAUAGAAGCGAAAAUGUAGCACAUUGCUUCCUUCUAUGCCAUUAUGUUAAAGAAAUCUGGGCAGAGCUAAAAAUAUAUUUUGACUUCUCUUUAAACUUAAGCAACUUUGUCCAUAUAGAGCAAUGGCUAUUGGAUUGGAUCUUAAAUGCUUCAGAUUAUCAGUCUGUGGUCUUUGCGGUUGCUGCAUGGCAUAUAUGGGAGAACAGAAACAACACAAGGAAUGGCAGCGAGAUGGUUCAUCCUUCUCGCAUAGUGGACAAGCCGAAUGGGUAUUGGUGUUGUCAUACGAAAUUCCCUUGGACGGGUGUUAGCAGCCACCAGAUGCUUUGUGGAUAAAGUGAACAAUCAUGAACUGGGUGAAGCCAUUGCUACGGGGCAUGCUUUGAAGUUUGCAGAGGAAUUGGGAUAUCAGAAGAUUAUAGUGGCAUCUGAUUGCUCCAACCUUAUAGCGAAAGUGAAUUCCAAGGUGAGCGAUCGAUCAAAUAUAGGUGCCAUUAUCUAUGAUAUAAAGAGUAGAGCUCCAAAGUUCAUAUCUUGUAGCUUUGUUCAUAUUAGUCGUUUAUGUAAUGAGGCAGCCCAUGUCCUGGCUAAAUCUGCUGAAUCUGAUAAAGGUUCUUGUUGGUUUAAUAUAAUACCUGAGAUAAUCAGGACCAUUGUUUGUAAUGAACAAUUUAUGAAUUGAAUAGAGCUGCCUGG